GGGUGGAGACUUGACACGAAGAAUCUUCGGACGUGUUCGAGUACACUCGUCUAAACCCGGUGGACAAAAUGUGUACUCAUACAUAAAGUAGUCUGCUGCCUCUGUCUCCAUUUUCAACAUGGCGGACGAGUGAUUUGACUGUUUUUGUUUACAAUAGAGCAGUAAAUAAGAAGUUGUACUGCAAAAUAUGAGCGCAAAUGAAAAGAAUCAGAUGCAAGAACAGGUUUCAGGUGUAAUUAACAGCUUUUUGAAAAAGAGAAAGUACACAGAGGGUGUAAGUUCAUUGAAGGAUUUCACAGCAGAACAGAAGGUGGAAGACAUGGCAUUCAAGACGACAGUUUCUAACGAAACUGGAAUCACCGAUGUCUUUUCUUUUGCCAUUAACAGCUGCGAACCAGCCAUCCUAGACGAGCAGUACUCCAGCUUAAAGUCAUUUAUUAUAGGAACAAACCAGGCGUAUAGACAAGAGCUCUCUAAGUUUUUAUUUCCAAUGUUUGCAAACAUUUAUCUGGAUAUAGUUGCAAAAGGUCAAGCAAUUCCCGCGCAAACAUUUUUUUCAAAGCACAGUGGUGAAUUUUCAAUCGAGCACAAAGAGGAAAUACAGCAUUUGCAAGUAAUCACUGAUUUGGAACGUGUGAAAUCCAGUGAUGUUGCUAGCAAUUUUAGACGCAGUAAAUUUGUUGUUAAACUGAGCAAUAAGGUCUUCACUUACUUUCUCCAGUAUCUCAGGAGUGGAGAUCACGUGCUGCUGCUUCAUUUACUGAAUAAACAUUUUAGCCUUGAAAUCACUCAUAGCAAACCAGGACAAAAGCAAAAUGGUGAUGAAAUAGAAAAUAAUGCUGGUGAGAACAAUGUAUCAAGUCACCGUGCUACAAGAACAGUAAAGCAAACAAAGUCCAUGACAGAUAAAGAGAAUGAAAACUUGGUGACUUUGAGAGAAAGCAUUGGACGUAUUAGGAGUGGACCUGCAUGUUUACCGUCGAUUUGUUUUUACACAUUUGUAAAUGCAUCUCAAGGGUAGGGAGAUAACAUGCUUUGAGUUCUGGUAUUAAUUUGUAUUGUCUAAAGGAAAGUUUCAGUUUUGUUACUUUAAUUAAGCACUGUGAAUUAUGCAUUUUCUCUUUCACAGAGACACGUUUUGACUCAGAAAUUUCUUACCAUUUUUCUGCCUAAGCCAAGUCCUAUAGCCUGUGUGAUGUUUGAGAUAUGCAGUGGUGGAUCCCGGGGGGAGGGUCCAGGGGGUCUGGACCCCCCUCCCUGAUCAGACCUGACGCUUGUUUGAGACUGAAAUUCUUACAUCGACAGGAUCAUAUAUUACUUUUAACUGGCUGAAAUGCGCAAUGCAUAUUGCCACUAAACUUAGUUCAAGGGAUAUAAAAAAUGUAAUUGUUUUUGGGUACCCUUCUAUGAUCUGUUCACUUCUGAUCGCAAAGCAGUAUUUCCCGCACCACAGAUUGAGAAACAAGUGGUCGUCUCUGAGAAGUAAUUUGCCACUAAAAAGUUCAACAGUCCCUUCUGCACCAAAGUUUGGACCUCCUCAAUGAAAAAUUCCUGGAUCUGCCCCCGAUGUGACCCCUCCAUACCUUUUGUUUUCAAGUUUUGAUGCAUCAACACUGCUGAAAGGAGUACCUUAACAUGAAUAGGAAGCAAGUUGUCCCCCUCCCCCCCACCAGACAAUCAUCUGUAGACUGUCUUCGUUCUCUUUUAACAAGUAACUCUCAAACUUGCCAAUUUAGUAUUUUUAGGCUCUAUCUUAGCAGUGCCAAUGGAUUUUCACUUACUGACCCAAGUCAAAAGUUGAAAAAAAUUGGAAGGGUGUUUUUGAGGUCUGGUUGCAUUGCUUGAGAAGGAGCCCAUAGCAGAGUUUUUUUCGUUCCUGAUAUAGAGGAGUCUAAUGCAUUGACAGUCAAACAGAUAUGAGAAAAGACCAACUCUGGGUGUCCAGUGUGGUGGUGUCCAUCUUACUGACAGCGUGCUUUUGUUUUCUUAUUCUUAAGACUGAGUUCUGCUGCAGUAUCUAAGGAUGCUGGACUCAUUUGCGGUGGUUUUGAAGAUUCCUCUAUCAUGCUCUGGAGCCUUACUCCUAAGAAGCUUGUCCAUCCCAAGAGAAAACCUGACAUCUCUAAAAUACAGCUAUCCUCAGGUAUCUAAUGAAUGGAUUGAAGAAGCAAUGACUGUCUACAAUUUUCAAUAGCUUGAGGAUAGCUUACAAUAAAUAUUUUGUUUUUUUUAGAUUACUGAUCAUCCAUUCAUGUACAAUUUUUUAAAGCUUAUCUAGUAAAUUCUCUAUUAUUUUCUGAGUUUAAUUUUUCACAUUUUCCUUCUCAGGUUAAGCAAUAUUUUGUAGGAAAAGGAAAUCUAAAACUUUCAGACUGGAAAAUAUGAGGGAGAGAGGAGUAAAAAAAUGAAUGUAUUCUCACCUUCAUAGAGCCUUAAAUUACAUGUGAAAUUAUUUUUCAGGAAAAUUAAACUGAAGCCCUUGUUAUUUUGAAAAGACUCAAGUUGCCCUAGAAUGACUGAACAGCUACAAAUUUUAUAGAGCUGCAGUCCCAGGGGGGUACUUCCUGGUAACAGGCUAAUGGGGAUGUGCCGCUAGAUGGGAUCGCAUACUGUAUUUCUUCGAUUAACUGCCCUGGGCGCUUAUUAAAUUUUUGGACCUUGAGAGUGGGCAGGUGGGCGCUUAUUCGAGGCUGGGCGCUUAUUAAUUUUUCACCACUUUCAGCAAGUGAGGCAUGUUUAUUUUGCAACAAAACAAUAAAUGCUAAUAACAAAACACGAAGAAGUAACAAUGCAAGGUUUCUGUAAAAUACUCUGAAGAAAAUCCAUCCUCGGGGAAGUCUCUUAUUAGAAUUUAUUCACUUAAGUGGGUGGGGUGGGGGUGAGCGCUUAUUUGAGUUUGAUUGGGAGGAGAAGGGGGUGGGCGCUUCUUCGAGGCUGGGCGCUUAUUAACUUUUUCUGCCUUGAGGAUGGGUGCUUAUUCGAGUUGGGUGCUAAUUCGAGGUUGGGUGCUUAUUCGAAUAAAUACGGUAUCGAAGGCUCGAUUGACUAUAAUGGGGUUGCAUUUUCAUUAGAGUUACUAGAAUGGGAUCGCACAUUUUUGGGAUUUGGGGGAUGGGAAAAUUCAGGUAGGUGAGAAUUUAAAAAUGGGAAGAUUUUUUGUUGUUUAACCAAUGUGUCAAGUCAUUUCCGGAUGACCUAGUUAAAAGGCUUUAUAAGGUAGAUGCAUAAACAGAAAGUUACUAAGUUGAGAUCGCAAAAAUUACAUUUUCCCGAAAGUCACUAAGAUGGGGUUUAUAUUUGCUCACAGAAUAGACUAUAAUGGGGUUGGGGUUCUGAGAGGCCAGCAGCACAUACCCAGCAAAAAAUUAACCCAACUAACCCCCGGGGCUGCAGUACAAUGUAAAGGCUUUAGGGAUCGUUUGAAGGGGCAGCACAAACAUGGUGGACGGCAGUAAGCCACCUGUUGUAGAUGUUCUUAGGGUUUUUCUUUUGCAAGACAUACCUGGUGUAACAGAGUCUUUAGGAAUUCUGUAAGUGAAAAUUAGUUGCAUUUGUGAAACUAUUAAUGCCUUUUUGAACAUAGCACUUGUUUGUUGACCUUCAUGUUGUCUCUCCAUAUGAUCCAAGAAGCUUUUCACUCAUUUAGAAUAUGGCAGCAUCUCUUAUUGAGUCUGGGUUGCUUGUGAUUCCACUGAUGUGUUAAAAUGGGACUCCAAUAAAUGUGAUUAAGUGAAAAACUACCUUACGGAAACAACCUUUAACAAAGCUGCAACCAUAGUCACAGAUGUUUUGCAUCUGGUACUCUGAAGAAACUUUAAGACCAAGCAAUUUUCAUGUUAGCCAGUGAUGUAAUAAUGUGCUUAUUUUUUUCUUCUUUUAGACCUGGUUUCAGUAUCAUCUAAACUGGAAACAGUCUCUAGUGAGUGUGUUUCUCUUCAAGGUCACUGUGGCUCAGUUUACAGCACACAAUUUUCACCGGACAGCUCAAUUUUACUCUCAGCAUCAGAGGAUACUUCAGGU